AUGGAUGGCUUUCGGAGAUUCGUCAAUCGCAGGCAUGGACUCGAGAUCAAGGGUUACCACGAGCUCCAUAGUUACUCCGUUUCUUCCUAUGAGUUCUGGGGAGACCUGUGGGAGUACUUGGGCAUCAUCUACUCAGUCCGUCAUACCAAGGUCAUAGGCGAGGGCGCCAUUAAAGAGGUUCCAAGAUGGUUCCCUGGUGCACAACUCAACUACGCAGAAAACAUGCUCUGGCGUAAUGACGACGCUGAAGCGAUCACGGAGAGGCAUGAGUCAGGUGUCACCCGGUCAUACUCUUUCCGCCAACUUCGCGAACUUGUUCGCCGCAUGUCGACCGCGUUGAGAGUCAACGGCCUCAAAGCCGGGGAUCGUGUCGCAGCGAUCGUCUCAAAUAACGCAAACGCGGUUGUGCUUGCUCUAUCUGUGGCCAGUAUUGGGGCGAUAUUCUCAAGCACAGGCACUGAUAUGGGUGUCAAGGGACUGCUGGACAGAUACCGUCAGAUCGAGCCAACGUUCCUUUUUGCUGAGACGGAGGCCGUAUACUCGGGCAAACGUAUCGACCAGUUACCAAAGGUCAUUGAGGUUGUUGAUGGUCUCAAAGAUCGUGGACUCCAACACAUCGUUCUGCUACCCUCGCCAUCCGGACAGGAAGCAUUCGACGUCGAUCUCAGCAAGAUUCCUCUAAGCACGAAUGUGUCGACGUUUCUGAAGAGCGACGAUGGUCGUCCGCUCAAUUUUGAGCAGCUUCCGUUCGAUCAUCCCCUUUUCAUCCUAUACUCGUCUGGCACAACAGGAGCUCCGAAAUGCAUCGUUCACUCUGCCGGUGGCGUGCUCAUGCAGACGAAGAAAGAUGUCUUCCUUCACAUGGACAUCAGCUUCAACGACACGUACUUCCAGUUCACAACGGCUGGCUGGAUGAUGUGGCCGUACAUGUUGGCUGGACUGGCGUGUGGCGCCCGCCUCGUCUUGUACGACGGGUCGCCUUUCUACCCCAACGUGCAAACAUACCUCAAGUUCAUCGAUGAGCAAGGGGUCAACGCCCUUGGAACGAGCCCACGCUUCUUGUCCGAGCUGCAAGCGCGAGUACCCAAUCCACUGGAGAUCGGAACAUUUGAGGCGUUGCGGGUCAUUACUGUCAUCGGCGCCGUGUUCACAGUCCCACUCUUCGAAUGGGCGCACCAUGCUUUCGGCAAGGAUAAGCUGAUUGCCUCGGCAUCGGGAGGUACAGAUAUCUGUGGCUGCUUUGUCAUCUGCUCGCCGUUGCUGCCCAACCAUUCUGGAGAUAUUCAAUGCAAGGGGCUAGGGGAGCUGGUAUGCACACGCCCACAUCCAUCCAUACCCGUCAAGUUCUGGGGUGACGACGAGCGAGGCUCCAAGUUUCUCGCGGCAUACUAUGAUGUAUACCCUGGUGUAUGGCGACACGGUGACUUCAUCGCGAAGAACCCGAAGACUGGCGGCUUGCGGAUUUACGGCCGAAGCGAUGGAGUGCUCAACCCCUCAGGGAUCCGUUUUGGCUCCGGGGAAAUCUAUACCGUACUCGAGCGUUUCGCCGAUACGAUCGAUGAUAGUAUCUGUAUUGGUCAGCAAAGGCCCGGUGAAGAGCAUGAACGCGUGCUACUCUUCCUCAAGCUUCGCCCAGGUCACACACUCACACCUGAACUCGAGAAAUCGGUUCGAUUGGCGAUACGAGAGGCGCUCUCUCCACGUCAUGUGCCGGCGUAUGUGCUUGCAGUUGAUGACAUCCCGUAUACUGUCAAUGGGAAGAAGAUCGAAGUAGCGGUGAAGAAGAUUGUAUCUGGGAAGGACGUGCAGCCCAACGGGUCCGUCGCCAAUCCUGAUGCCUUCGCGCUGUACACUCGCUAUCGUGAUCUGAAGUAA